CCUUCGUGAUCCCAACAUCCCCCACCAGGUCCCACCUCCAACAUUGCAGAUUAAAAUUCAGCAUGAGAUUUGGGUGGGGACAAAUAUCCAAAUGAUGUCAGGUGGGCUCUGUGGGAAGGCCAAGAGGCAGGGAGUGUUUUCAAAUGGCUGCAGUCUGUCUGGUUUAGACAGAGAGCUCAUGGAGGGAGUCUCUCCACCUCUUGAAGACAAGGCCUUAACAUCCAUAGAAACACAUUUUUAUUGAUUUCAGAAAGGCCCAAGUCAAUUUUUUUCCUUCGGAUAUAGUAUUAAUAAAUUACUAAGCACUCCCAUCUGCCAACCAUCGUUCUAAGUGUUUUACUGGUAUCAUCUCGUUUAAUCCUUUCAACAACCCUACGGGGUGUGUAAAUGUUACUAUACUCCAUUUAUUCAAGGAAAUGGAACCUAGAAGUAUCAGUAACUUGCCUAAGGUCAGAGUACCGAGUGUGAGAUGUGGGCACAAAUCCCGGAGAGAUUUCAGAGUCUGAGCUCUUCUCUCUCUGUAUUGCCUCCCCUACCGCGCUCUACACCAAGAAGUGUUGAAGUGUGCGGUCAGCAGUCCUGAAGUUGAUGGUGGAUUAUGUUUCUUCUAAAGGCACUAUGGAGAUGAAACAAUUUAAGUUCUACCAGUGUUUUUCAUAGAAACAUGGCUACUAUAGCACCAAAAGUUGGAGAAAAUUACCUUUAUUUCUGGAUUUCAUCAGUGAUAAAGGCUGCUGAAUUGUGCAUAUCAUUGGUUCAUUUCCCACAACUAAUCACAUUUCACUUUAUUCAAGACCUUUUAAAAAUGGGACUGUCAGCUGAGGUUGGAAGGCGCAGGCAGGCGCUCUGGAGAGAAUUCAUAGGGAGGCACAGGACGGAACACUCCAAGGAAAGAAGCAGCACCCCCAGGAAGGAGUGCUCUGUGGGCUCCAGGCAGCCGAGGAAAUGCGGACAUGAGCACCGUGAUUGCACUCCCACGUGCACCAACGCUGCCAGUGUGAACAGAAGGGGAGCCCACAGAACGCCAGGCUGUGCCGGGAGAUGGAUCACCAUGAAACACAGAGCCAGAGCAUGGCGGGAAUUUUCCGAGAGGGCAUGUUGUUUCCAGGCGGUUCCACCUUCUAAUAUGAAACAGUCUUGGUUGAUUUUCCUUGAUACUACUUUAUCCUCGGCCUGGUUGUUGGCAAGCAGCUACCCACGUCUGUACGCGCCCUUGAUUAGUUUCCACUGCACGUGUUUUAACACAGUGCUCCUUUUUCCAAGUUUAUCUGGGCCAACCCUGUCUGUAAAGAUCCAGUUUAAUACGAAUUUGAGUCUAGGUGCUACAGCCUGGAAAUGUACUGAAGGCACUACCACAUAUUGCUGAAAGAAUCUUUAUUCUGAAUGCAAAGCAGACACCUAGUAAAAAAUUCUGGAAUAAUAAAACAAGCAAGGCUCAUGUGCUCAGUUUUGGGAACGCUCCAAUUUAAAGGCUUAGUCAUUGUCAUGGUGUAAGGUUUACCCAUUGCCCCCAUCACACAGAUGUGGGAAUGUUGAGAGCUGAGGGUCCUAUGACCUCUUCUGCUGCCCAAGAACUUGGGGUGGGUGUUUUGGAGAAAUCAAAGUGAUCAGUUGCAAAGAAUUCCAUUGCUGGAGCUUGGCUCUGUGGGAUUCUUCACGGAGGUCUUAAGGCAGAGACAAAAACAAGGACUGUGGGAGGCUCCUGUGAGUAGCCCAAAGGGUUUUGGAGUCAGGCAACCUCAGGUUACAAAUCCAGUCCUUCAGGCUAGGAGUUGUGUAAACUUAAAAAAGUGACUGCACCUCCAGGCACAUCAUUUCCUUACCUGCACCUCCUUCUGACGGGUUUUCUGAGGACGAUGCAAUCCAUACCCUGUGUCGAACACUUUUCUAAUUAAUGACGUACAGACACUGUUUAUUUUACAGGAAUAAAAAUACCAGAAGAACCCAAGUCAUAUUCAUUUAAAACGGGAUGACAAGUGCAUCAAAAUCUGAAAAAUCAUCACUAAAGAACUUAUCCAUGUAACCAAAAACCAUUGAAAUAAAAUUAAACUACUGAAACAAAAUUUAAAAAUAAUAAAAUUAAGAAGUCCAAAAAAUUUAAAGCAGUUCACCGGUUUCAUUUCUUCCUUUAUAAAAUUGUAUUUAGAAAUUUAUUAUAUGUGUCUAUG